GCAGCAGCAGCAGCAGCAGCAGCAGCUAUAUACCCACCAACUUAGUUUCAUCUCAAAGCUAAUUAAGUGACAGACACUAUAAACAAGCUAGAGAGAGAGAGACAGAGAGAGAGAGAGAGAAAGAGAGAGAAUAAGGUAAUAAAGAGAAGGAGGAGAAUUAAAAGGACUUAAAGGUAUGGGACAUCAUACCUGUUGCAACCAACAAAAGGUUAAGAGAGGUUUGUGGUCUCCUGAGGAGGAUGAGAAGCUCAUUAGAUACAUCACCACCCAUGGCUAUGGAUGUUGGAGUGAAGUCCCUGAGAAAGCAGGUCUUCAGAGAUGCGGUAAGAGUUGUCGCCUACGAUGGAUCAACUAUCUGAGACCCGAUAUACGGCGCGGAAGGUUCACCGAGGCAGAGGAGAAGUUGAUCAUUAGCCUUCAUGAGAUUGUUGGGAAUAGAUGGGCCCAUAUUGCGAGUCACUUGCCCGGCCGAACAGACAAUGAGAUCAAGAAUUACUGGAAUUCGUGGAUCAAGAAGAAGCUACGAAAGCCGACAACACCGUCAUCGACAAGUCCUCCAGGUGCCGAGUUAGUUCAACCAGGCUUCUGUACCGCCGAUCAUCUCAACGCCGUUAUCAACCAAUCCCUAACACCGAAGUCGGCUCCAGAAACCAUGUUCCUCGCCCAUUGUCCGCUCUUCAUGUUCGACACGGCCAUGGGCAACAGCCGCGAGUGCAGCAGCGCUACCACCGCGAGGGACGACCUCGUCCAAGAAGUCGCGGCCCUGACAUCCGAAAUGUGGAACCCUAACCCUAACCACCACAACCAAGAGCUUCCCUCUCUGCUCACCUUCGCAAGUUCUAUCGAAUCAAGCUAUCUCCCUCCAUUGGUCGACGGAAUGGGGAACAUGGUGGCCAUGGAAGAAGAAGAAGGGGACACAAAUGGGGAGCACUUUGAGAAGCAAGGAGAUCUAAUGAGUGAGUGGGUUGAGUCACAACAUGACUAUAACCCUGCAAACCUUCUCAUUUGGGACCAAGUACAAGGAACCAUGGAAGGAGAGGGUCUACCUAACGCGCCGUCAACGAUGAAUGCCCUUACGAGCUCAUUCGAACAAAAGUUUAGUGAGACCCGCCUCACCGAGAUAUCCAAGUCUGAGCCAUUAGACAACACUCAACCCUGCUUCGACAUUCGGACAGAGUGCUAUCCGACAGCUCAUACCUGGGUGUCUCAGUGAUUGACGCAUCUUAUUGAAUUUUUGUUCAAGCUCAUUUUCUCUUCCUAGCAACCUGUAGGAGGACCAAAAAUAAGGUGCAUAUAAUGAUGGCUCCCUCUAAAUCUCUCUAAACUCCCCACCUCUUUUUCUAUCCCUAUCUAUUAUCUAAAAUAAGGGUUUUCAAAAUGGAUGUUGAUUAUUUAUUGGUUUUGGGGCUUUCUCACUAUAUUGUUUGAAGGUUAAGCUAUACAAGCAUGCAAAUGAGUGUAUGUAAUGACUAAAGAUAGCGAGAUAACAGAAAAAAAAA